CCAAGUUAAGUGAUACUCUACUAUUCACUAUGAGAACCAUAUUUUCGAUCUUUCUUGUUAUUUUCUCUUUCAAUUCAUUCACGGGUGCCCGCACGCUACCAAGGCGAUCAGAUGCAUGCGCAGCCGCACCAGCCGAUAUCCUGUUUCUGUUGGAUUCUUCCAGAAGUGAAGGGUCAACAAACUUUCAGACUCAGAAGGAUUUCGUUUCUAAGUUUGUGAACUUUCUCAACAUAGGACCAAACGAUGUGCAGGUCACGGUUGGAAGUUUUUCAACGGCCGCUUACAGUUUUUUCAACCUUAACACCUACCAAAACAAGGCCAACCUUUUGCAUGCUAUAUCACAGAUACCUUACCGUCCAGGGGGAACCAAUACAUUUUACGCCCUGGACAUGGCUGAACACUACUCCUUUACCCUAAGUCACGGUGACCGUUCAAACGCUCCCAACAUUGUGUAUGUGAUGACGGAUGGACAGUCCUCUAGUCACUCCUGGACCCACAAUGCAGCACAGCACCUAAAAAAUUCCGGUGUUAAGGUGUUUGUCAUAGGUGUGGGGCACGUGUCAAUUGAUGAGUUAAUAGACAUGGCGACUGAUCAUGAACACGUGUUCACAGUGGAUUCUUUCUCUAAAUUACCAUCGAUACAACACCUUGUUGAAGCAACAUACUGCGAUGUGCUGGUAGGAAGAGUGUGUAUCGACAAAGUAGACUACUGUCACAGGUACUCUAAAGCACUGUGUUUCCAGGAAGAUUAUAUUGCAUGGGCCCAAAUGAACUGCCCAGAUUACUGCGGAUUUUGUCAAAUUCACACACCGAGUCCUACAACGAUGAAGCAAACAACCGCGACCCAGAAGAUCACCACACCGAGUCCUACCACACCCUCAACUACCACCACCCAACCACCGACUACCACUACACAACCACCCCCAACCACCGCCAAAACCACGGCGCCAUCUACAGAAGAACCGACUCCAAGUCCUAUAUCCGAAGGUCCAUGUAUUGACAAGUUGUCAAAUUGUGCUGCAUAUGGGGAGUCGGUUUGCAGCAGCUACAGACAUUGGGCAAUAGAAAACUGUGCCAGAUUCUGUCUCUUUUGUCAUGACAAGGCAACACCCCUACACGUGCAAACGUCAACAACAAAAUCAACAACAACAACAACAACAACAACGGAGAAAACGACCGCCCCACCCACAACCACACAGAGAACGUAUGACGUCUGUGAAGAUAAAGUUGACAAAUGCAGCUCUUACGGGCCAGACAUAUGUUUCAAAUACACUUCCUGGGCGGCGAUUCAAUGCCCCAGAUUCUGUUUAUUUUGUACACCUGAGACUACCACGACACCGCCCGCCGCCACAGAGAAAUCUACCACAGUAACCACACCACAGUCUACCACGCGGGAGUCAGCUUCGUCAACAAACUCGAUGUCAUCAAAUACUCCAGUCAUAAUGGUAUCGGGGACUCAGAGCGUACAAGGAACUUCUCCAAAACAAAUUGAACUUUCCUCAACCGUUGAUUCUCAAGAACUAACAACCAAUCCUCACAUCAUUAUUAUCGGCCGAAAAUAAUACGAGGGGACUCAAAAGGAAUUGUCUUUAUUCAUCGAGUUCAACUUCAUUUUAUGAAAUAAAUUUCAUAAUAAUA